CUCCAGCGCUCUAACCAAAGACGAGAUAGAAGUUCGUGCUCUAACCACUCGGCUAUUCGCUUGCCUGUAAGAGCUAAAUGGGAACAGAACAGUUUGGAACAAAGAACAUUUGAGGAUCGAGACAUCAACGAUGACGAAGCCGAAAAUCACGCACGUUGUUUUUGAUGUUGAUGGACUAUUGAUAGACACCGAGAGUAUAUACAGCAAAGUAAUUGAAGAAAUUUGUUCUGAAUAUGGGAAGACAUUCACCUGGGAGAUCAAGGCUCAGCAAAUGGGGCAAACAGAACAUGCGGCAGCUAUUAUCAUUAUUGAUGCUCUGCAGCUUCCUUUAACACCAGAUGAAUACAUCAAUCGCUGCAAAAAGAAGUUUGAAGUUCUUUUCCCAACUGUACCAUUGAUGCCUGGUGCAGAAAAGCUAGUUCGUCAUCUACACAAACAUGGCAUUCCUAUGGCCUUGGCAUCAGGGUCAGACAGGCACAACUUUGACCUCAAAACAAAAAACCACCAAGAGCUUUUUAGCCUGUUUCAUCACACUGUGCUUAGCAGUAGUGACUCAGAGGUAAAACAUGGCAAGCCAUCCCCUGACUGCUUCUUUGUGGCAGCAGCGCGAUUUGAGGAGCCAGUCAAAUCCGAAAAUGUACUGGUUUUUGAAGAUGCUCCAAAUGGUGUACAAGCAGCCAUUGCUGCUGGAAUGUAUGUGGUGUGGGUGCCAGAUCCUCGAGCAGAUAGAUCCCUGCUUGACAGAGCCUCUGGUAUUGUCCUAGACUCUCUACAAGACUUCAGACCAGAAGACUUUGGGUUCCCAUCUUACAACUCUAUAUGAAAUAGGUUGCCAAUAGUAAUUCCGUUGUUAUUUGGUUCCAAUUAGACCAAUAAAUCAUAUUGACCACUCAGUCCGAGGAUUUACUUGUUUUAUUGCACAUGAUCUCUUUUUUGGUUUUUGCAGUUCUGCCAUAUUCUGAUAUACAUGGCUGGAGAUAUUCUAGAAAUGUUUGGUGACUGUGUUGAUUGGAAUUCAAAACACUAAUAAAUCUUGUCAUUUUUUUUAAAUAAGUGAAGGCAGUCAAUGAAAGUAAAAGAAUGACUUUUUAUGUUGUAACACUAAUUUAACUCAUGAAAUGAAAAGCGAUAAGGCACAAUGAUCUUUCCUGUAGUUACCGGUCCAUACAGUGAACAUGUAUCUUUUCUGUAAACAUUACUCCUAACACCCUUUUCCACAAUUCUAGUCCUUUUUCACAGUCUUCUCUGCUUAUCUUCUUUUUUGCAAUAUCAGCGUAUGUGCUUUACAAAUUUUGUAUUAUUAUAUUAUGUGUUGCCAUGUAUGGAGACAAACCUAGAAAUGGUUUUUUAUGUUUUAUAUUUAUUCAAUAGGCAACAUUUGCACAAAGUUUGAAUGAAACUUUUGAGGAAAGUGGUGGAAUUUUAAAAGUACUUAAAUGUACUUGUAGUAUACGGGGACCUUAAUCAUUAUGAUGCCUUCAGUGAUUUUUUAAAAUUUAUACAUUUUAACUUUUUUACAAAAGAAUAAAGUAUUUUUUGAACUAUAA